AUGCAAGACAGAAAUUUUUUGAACUCACCAGAAGCUGCCGAGGUGGCUGCAGAAGUCGCGCUAGUGGCUGCUGAGGUGGCCGCGGAAGUCGCACUGGUAGCAGCUGAGCUAGGGCCAGAAGUUGCGGCGCUCGAGCUGGGCCCUGCCGGCGUGGCUGCAGAGGUCGCACUGGUCGCUGGUGAGGUCGCACUGGUCGCUGGUGAGGUAGCACCGGAAGUCGCGGCGCUCGAGCUGGGUCCUGCCGACGUGGCUGCGGAAGUCCCACUACUCGCUGGUGAGGUAGCACCAGAAGUCGCGGCGCUCGAGCUGGGCCCUGCCGACGUGGCUGCGGAAGUCCCACUGGUCGCUGGCGAGGUAGCGCCGGAAGUUGCGGCACUUAAGGUUGAGCCUACCGAAGAGGAUGAGCCGGGUGCCGCGGUGAAUGAUAGGGAGGGUGCAGAGCUAGGAGAUGUAGAAGAUGAAGCACUCGAAAUGGCGGCCGACGUCAGCGACGAACUACUCGAAGCAGCGGCGGAAAUCGAUGACGAUCCAAUCGAGGGACUGGAAGCCGCCGACAAUCCACUCGAGGAGCUAGGAGCGAUCGACGGUCCACUCGAGGAAGGAGUAGACACCAACGACGAGGCGCUUGUUCCAGUGGAAGAUUGGGCUUCGUUAGAAGUAAGGGCAGAUCUUGAGUACUUACCAGCUGUUACGCCUGAGCCGCUUGAUGAUCCCGGGCCAGCUGCAGAACUGGUCGCUGCAGGAGACGAUCCAGACGAUCCAGAGCUACCAGAGGAAGACGCGGGCCCAGCCGGAACGCUCGUUGCGGUGGUCGUGGUGGAACUCGCUGAAGGGGAAGAAGUGGCCGUGGUUGUUGUCGACGCCGACGAUGUGCUUGAACCCACAGCUGGGACAGAUGUGCUAGACGACGGCAAAGAACUUGGAGAAGACCCACCUGGAACAGUCGUGGUGGUUGCAGCGGAAGAUCCAGAACUGCUGGAGGAAGACGCGGCGCCACCCGCGAUAGUUGUGGUGGUUGCAGCGGAUGAACCAGAACUACUGGCGGAAGACGCGACUCCACCAGGAACAUUUGUUGCUGUCGUUGCGCUGGACGUCACGGGAGCAGCAGACGUGGUCGUACUCGUCGUCAACGAUGGAGUGCUUGAGCCCGCAGCUGGGAUAGAUGUGGUAGAUGAUGACAAAGAACUUGAAGAAGACCCACCUGCAACAGGGCCUACUGGGGCAGAAGAUACUGAAGAUGAGCUUCGCGAAGUCGAGGAAGAGGCCGCAGGAGGGCUGGUAGUGGUGGUGGUGGUGGUGGUGGUGGUGGUGGUGGUGGUGGUGGUGCCUGGGUUUGCAGGAUUGGUCGUAGUCGAAGUGGCUGCUGGGGGUUGA